UUUUAAAUAUAUUUUGUUCAUCGACCUGAUGUGUGAUUUAAGUAUUCCCUUAAUUUUUUGAGCCUGUUACAAUUCCAACAAUAUGUGGAUGACCUUGGUGUGUUGGCUACCAUGUCUAGGGUGAUAGCUGCGGGAAGUUGCCUAGUGGUGUUUGGGGGUGCUGCAGUUCCCCCAUCCUAGCCUCAGCACCCCCUGACAAGAUUCGGAAAUUCACUUUUAGCUUUUGUCUGCUACGGAUGUGCGUGUUUUCAAAACAUCAUUCCACGGUGUGUUUUACGCAAGAGAACCGGUUGCUUCGUUAAAACACGUUGUCCCAUAAAAGAAAGCGUUACAGAACGACGGGCUACAUUUUGGGAAAAACUCAAGCGGAAAAGUUUCAGUGAGGUGAUAUUUGCCCCGAAUUACAAGCACCUACCUCGUUGCGUUAUAGGCAGAUAGGUUAUUUGAACAACUCCGGAGGAAAGAGAGAAUUGAUACACACCUAACGCAAGACUAGAGUUAUGGAGAUGGAGGUGCUUCAAGAUGAUGAAACCAAAAUAACUUGCCAGACUGAACUUAAGAGGUGGGAAACUAGAGUUGACAGAUGUGUGUUUUCGAUACCUGUGCGUAAUGUAAAGGAUGGAUCAAGUCUUCAUGACACCCUGCACCACCAAGCAGUCAAGAGUCUACCAUGUACAUCAAAAGUUUGUGAAAGUUCUCAUAUAACACCCAAGGCUCUUGUGUGCUUUGCCAAAGAUGCCUCUCUUGAGAUUCUACCCCAGGCAAUCGACUUAAUUAACCAGUACUACAACUCCCUCAAAAUCCCCAAAAUUAAACAGCACCAUGCCAGAUUGGAAGAAAUUGCAAUGGAGAUUAAUACCACAGGAACAUAUCAACUCACUUCAGAGGAAUUAGUGUUUGGUGCUCAGCAUGCAUGGAGGAAUGCCCCAAGAUGCAUUGGCAGGAUUCAGUGGUCCAACUUACAGGUAUUUGAUGCCAGAAAAUGCAGGACAACUCAGGACAUGUUCCAGUAUCUGUGUGAACAUUUACAGUUUGCCACAAAUGGAGGAAAUUUAAGGUCUGCGAUUACCGUAUUCCCUCAGAGAGUGGAUGACCGGCAUGAUUUCCGGGUGUGGAACAGCCAGUUGGUUAAGUAUGCAGGUUACCAGAUGCCUGAUGGCAGUAUCCAGGGAGACCCAUCCAGUGUGGAAUUCACUGAGAUCUGUAUCCAGCUUGGAUGGAGACCCCGCUAUGGGCUUUUUGAUGUGUUGCCACUGGUCCUGCAGGCCAAUGGGGAGGAUCCGGAUAUUUAUGAAAUCCCUCCUGACCUGAUCCUGGAGGUUCGCAUGGAACACCCUCAAUAUAAGUGGUUCCAAGACCUAGGACUGAAGUGGUAUGCUGUGCCAGCGGUGUCCAACAUGCUGAUGGAGAUUGGCGGACUUCAAUUCCCUGCCGCUCCAUUUAAUGGCUGGUACAUGGGUACAGAGAUUGGUGUCAGGGAUUUCUGUGACUAUCAGCGUUAUAACAUCUUGGAGGAAGUGGGUCGUAGGAUGGGCCUGGAGACAAACAAGCUGUCCUCACUUUGGAAGGACCAGGCCCUGGUGGCCAUCAAUGUUGCAGUCAUAUACAGUUUCCAGAAGAAUAAGGUGACAAUCACAGACCACCACUCUGUAGCAGAGUCCUUCAUCAAACACAUGGAAACAGAGUUCCGGCUGCGUGGCGGCUGCCCUGCAGACUGGGUCUGGCUGGUUCCACCCAUGUCGGGCGCUCUCUCCCCCAUCUUCCACCAGGAGAUGGUCAACUACAUCCUAUCACCCUUCUUUUUCUACCAGCCUGAUCCUUGGACUACUCAUGUCUGGACUAAUGGGAAGAAAACCUCAAGCAACAAACAGAUCAGUUUCAAAUCACUUGCCAGGGCUGUGCUCUUCUCUUCAACUCUCAUGAGCAGAGUGCUGGCUAAAAGGGUGCGCUGCACUGUCAUUUAUGCCACUGAAACAGGCAAAUCACAGACUUUGGCCCAAAGACUGAACUCCAUGCUGAACUCUGCCUUCAACUCCAGGUUGCUUUGCAUGGAGGACUACAAUCUCAGUGACAUGGAACAGGAGAGCCUCCUGGUUGUGGUCACAAGCACCUUUGGGAAUGGAGACUCCCCCCAAAAUGGAGAGAGUUUCAGGAAGCAGCUUUUCUCCUUAUGUUAUCUCAGGAACAAGAUAAGGUACUGUGUGUUUGGGCUGGGAUCUAGAAUGUACCCACAAUUCUGUGCAUUUGCUCAUGCUGUGGAUGACAAGCUGGAGAAGUUGGGGGCAAAGCGGCUGACUCCCACUGGAGAGGGGGAUGAACUGCAUGGACAGGAGGAGGCCUUCUCUGUCUGGGCUCUCAACGUGCUAAAGAGUGCCUAUAAAGAGUUCAACUUCCAGGGUCAUGUGAGUCUGCAGCUCCCUGAGGCAGAGAGGUUAAAUGAGGUCAAGGACUCUAUGACGUACCGCAUGGCACUGGAGAGAUGCAGCCAGGACCACAUCAGAGCACUUUCAGCUGUUCACUCUAAAACGGUCUUUCCAAUGAAACUGAAGAGGAGACAGAAUCUACAGAGCCACUGUUCAAGCUUGUCCACCAUUCUGGUGGAGCUAGAGAAGGAGAAAAGUGAAGAUGUCUUGGAAUUUGCUCCAGGAGACCAUGUGGCAGUUUUUCCAGGAAACCUCCCUGAACUGGUGGAUGGUAUCCUGAAGUUCCUUCCCCACCCACCUCAAAUCAGCCAGUGCCUACGACUGGAAUAUUGCUCAGACUCAUUUCUAGAGGGUGAGAAAAACUGGCAAAUUGUCAAACAUACCCCAGAACGGCAUUUGUCUCAGGCGCUCACAUACUUCCUGGAUGUGACCACGCCCCCCUCUCAGAACCUUUUACACAAGCUCUCUCAGCUGACAAAACAGGAAGAACAUUGCCAGCGUCUAUUGACCUUGGCAAAGAACUCUCAGGAGUACACAAAGUGGAAGACAUUCUGUGUUCCAAAUUUUCUGGAGGUCCUGGAAGAGUUCCCUUCUUUAGAACCCUCUUCAGAAUUCCUACUCAGCCAGCUGCCCGUGCUCAAGCCCCGCCUCUACUCUAUCAGCUCCUCCCCUCAGCUCCACCCCAAUGAGCUACAUCUCACUGUGACGGUGCUCAACUAUCACACUCAAGAAGGACAGGGUCCUCUUCACCAUGGGGUGUGCAGCACAUGGUUGAAUACCAUUAAUGAAGGAGACCUGGUCCCAUGUUUCAUCAACAGCUCAAAUGGUUUCCACCUUCCAGCUGAGCCCAGUACUCCAGUCAUUCUAGUGGGGGCUGGCAGUGGCAUUGCACCCUUCCGAAGCUUCUGGCAGCAACGCCUAUAUGACAUGAAACAAACAGGGUUUUCUGGAGGUCCUAUGAGUCUUGUUUUUGGCUGCAAGAGCUCAGAGACAGAUGAGUUAUACAAAGAAGAAACACUGGAGAUGAUACGUAAAGGUGUCUUGAAGAGUGUUACGUCCACAUACUCCUGUCAGCCGGGUUACCCAAAGUUAUAUGUCCAGGAUUUUCUGAGGGACAGCAUGGCAGAGGAGGUGCUAAGUGUGUUGUGUCAGAAGGAGGGUCACCUCUAUGUUUGUGGGGGUGUGAACAUGGCCCAAGGAGUUACUCUAGCAGUACAAGAGAUCCUGAGCAGCCAACUUGGCAUCACCCUCACCCAGGCAGGAGAAUAUCUGGCCAAACUCAAGAUUCAGAGGAGGUACCACGAAGACAUUUUUGGGGCCCGGUGUCAUAAGUAAAGGGUUGUGCUCUGUUUUGUAGUGGUACUGAAUAGAUAUAGAAAGGUUAACACAUAAAAUCUUUUUAUUCUGCUUGUGAUGCCCUGUUUGUUUGUUUUUUUGGUGAUGGAUUAUGAUUAUCUUUGGAAAAUAUGUUACAUUCUUCACAUCAUUAAAUAGCAAGUAUUUUUCUAAGUUUUAUAACAUUAUAAUAAAAGUUGUAUUAAAGUUUGUUUAUGAAUGCAUACGUGUAUGUAUAUGUAUAGUUGUACAUUUUGGGCCACAAUAUAUCUGAAUAGGAUUGUGGGAUUGUUGAAUCUAAGGACUCAAUUCUGUCCAACCAAAAUUUACAUAUUUACAGAGUAGUUAAUUUUUUCUAUCUGGCCAAUCCCAGGUUUAUAAACCUAAAUCUACUACCAGGGAUGCUUUCACUUUUCAGAGAUGUGUGAGAACACAAUGAGUAGGCUUAAUUGUAAAUAUAGACACUGCAUAAAUGCAAUUGUGAGUUUGAAUAUUUUCUAGUCUAAAUGAUAAGUAAAGGCAAUAUUCUCAUAAAGAGAAUGUGCUUUUAACACAUUAAUAAUAAUUUGAAUAUAAAUCAUUACAUUGUAGAUGCAAUCCUGAAAGCUUUGUUUUAGUGUCUUGCUUUUUCUUUCUGGAAAAUAACCUGCCUGCCUGCAGACAACAAACUGGUGGCAGGACACAAAAGACACAAUGACUCACAAAGGGCUAACAGAAGAGGGCAAACUAAAUAGGGAGACAGGUGAAAAGAAUCAGAACCAAAAGGAAAGGCUACGUUACAGAACAGCAAAAACAAAACAGAACCAAAACUCCUAGGAUUCACAGAUGAAUGAAACAAUGUCAAAAUCACAUUUAACCCAUGAACCAUUAAAGUUACUCUCAAGGUUUCUGGAUUAAACACCAACUGUUGAAGACAAUUGGUCAGGCUGUGAAUCUAAAAGGAAAUUAAGGGAAAUAACCAAAAAGCUUUAUGGAAGUUAGAUAUAAAGUAAUAGGAAUACAUAUAUUAGGACCAUCUGACAACAGACUGAAGGAGAGAUUUCUCUAUAGAAAAACCAACCCACCGCAUAGAUUCAGUUCUGAAAGCCGAACCGUUACCGAAUAUAGGAUUUAAAUGAUUUUCACAUCAUUGCAUUUUGUUAUUCUCUACAUUUUACACAGUAUCGCAACUUUUUCGAAACAGAGUUGUAUGAAAAAGUACUUUUCCCCAGUUUUUCCCAAAUUUUUUGGAUGACAUAUCGAGUGUAAAUGUUCGGUCUUUCCCCAAACAAUAGCCCUGGGUUAAUGGUAAUGUCUGUGCUAUGCUCAGAGCAUGGUCCUCUGCCUAUAGCUCCAGGGACCCUGAGGCUCUGAGGAGGUCCAGAUAUGACCUACGGAAGGCCAUAAGAGAUGCCAAAUAGACUACAGGGAUAAGUUGGUUGAACUACCACAGCUCUGACCAGAGACACGUGGUGUGGACUGAGACACAUCACACACUAUAAAGGGAGAAACAGCAAUGAUGCCCAGCCUGCAGCCUCUCUCCCCGACUAGCUCAACUCCUUCUGUGCGCAGUUUUUAAAAAAAAGUCAGUGACGCAUUUGCUGUAGGGCAUUGAAAAUGGAAACCUGUUUGUGGGAAGUCUCUGCCAUUUUAGCUGUAGGAUGUUAAAACAAGAGCUUUGUUUCUGGGAAUUCCUUGCAGUCUAUUUAGGUGAGGCAUGAGCCUCAAUGAGAACAAUGAGACAUGGUUUCUGUGGAGUUCUCACUGCUAGUACCAGUGAGGAGUGAUAGAAGACGUUUUCUUGAGACAGACACUGCACAAUGAUAGUGACAGAGUUUUCUUGAGACAGACACUGCACAAUGAUAGUGACAGAGUUUUCUUGAGACAGACACUGCACAAUGAUAGUGACAGAGUUUUCUUGAGACAGACACUGCACAAUGAUAGUGACAGAGUUUUCCUGAGACAGACACUGCACAAUGAUAGUGACAGAGUUUUCUUGAGACAGACACUGCACAAUGAUAGUGACAGAGUUUUCCUGAGACAGACACUGCACAAUGAUAGUGACAAAGAAUAAAUGUCUAUAUUAAAUGUUUCUACUUUGAGAAACUGACAGUUGCAUGUACUGUGUUCUAACUCCUUUGUCUCUGUAUGGUAUGUGUGGUGUUAGUGGUUCAACUAAGAAUAGUAGUAAAACAUUUAGCAGAUUUGUCUGAAAAGUGUAGUAAGAAAAUGGCAUUGGACAGAUUGGAUGGCUUGCUGAGAAAUUAAGUGGGGUAAAAUUUAAAUGCAAAUAUGGGACCUAUGCUAGCUUUGGGUGUUGAAAAGUUAUUGUGGGGAAAAUGUCUAAUGUGAUGAUGUGAAAAUGAUGAAGAAGUCAAAGUUAUGAUGGACAUUUGAA